AUGGUCCAGCAUUUGACAUGCCGACCAAGGCUUUCCUACAGCGUAGCCUCUCUCAACACUAGGCUGUCCGGAACCCUUGCUAAUAGAAUUGUUUAUCUUUAUACCAAGAAGGUUGGGAAAGCACCAAAAUCAGCACAUGGCGUGUGCCCAAGAAGGCUUCAAGGGGUUCAUGCUGUAAGACCUAAAGUUCUUAUAAGUUUGUCCAAAACAAAGAAACAUGUCAGCAGGGCCUAUGGUGUUUCCAUGUGUGCUAAAUGUGCUCGUGACAGGAUCAAGCCUGCUUUCCUUAUCGAGGAGCAGAAAAUCCUUGCGAAAGUGUUCAAGGUGCAAGCACAGAGUCAGAAAGCUAAAUAAAAAAUGAAACUUUUUUGAGUAAUAAAAAU